AUGUCGCCAACCUCUGAAGCCUCCAGCGAGGAGGGACGACCACGGUCCUCGGUAGAUGAGACCGAGCUCCGACGACCCCAAUCGCAUUACUCACAACGAGAAGGAGCAGGAAAUGGCCUCGACCAUGUGCGGAGCCAUGUCUCUCAUCAUGACAUGGCUGUCAAUGAGGACUUCCACGAAGUCGACGCAGACCAGUACCUCCGCUUUUCACCAGCACGUAAAGUGAUCAUCGUCGGUGUAUUGUCGUUCUGCUCUUUUCUCGCACCUAUAUCAUCCACAUCUAUUCUUGCUGGUAUCCCCGAAGUGGCGAAGACCUAUAACACUACGGGAAGCGUUAUCAACGCAAGCAAUGCUCUAUACAUGGCCUUCAUGGGAAUCGCGGCUCCUUUCUGGGGUCCCUUUAGCCAGGUUUGGGGAAGACGCCCUGUUUUCCUUGUCAGUGCGUUCUUGUUCUUUGUCUUCUCCAUUGGCACAGCACUGGCACCUAACUUGCCGGCAUACUAUAUCUUCCGCGUCUUGACUGCAUUCCAAGGAACAUCCUUUCUAGUAGUUGGCAGCUCGGCAUUGGGCGAUGUCUAUGAGCCCCGUGCUCGAGCAACAGCUCUCGGAUGGUUCCUAUCAGGCACUCUGAUCGGGCCUGCAUUUGGCCCGUUCCUCGGUGGCGUUAUCGUCACAUUCCGCUCAUGGAGAGUAAUAUUUUGGCUACAAACCGCACUCGGGGGCUGCGGAACGCUGCUCGUGUUUUUCUUCUUCCCCGAGACAUACCCCCACCUCACGAAAGGCGACAUGAGUGAGAAAACCUUCCGGCAGAAAGUCGUCUUUCUGUGGCAUCGCAUCUCGCCACUCCAAGUCGGGAUUAUGCUCUUCAAGUACCCGAAUUUGUUCUGCACUGCUAUCGCUGCCGGCGCUCUAGUGUGGAACCAGUACUCCCUUCUAACGCCCAUUCGAUAUGUUCUGAACCCUCGCUUUCACUUGACUAGCCCCAUUCAAUCGGGACUGUUCUACAUCGCUCCAGGCUGUGGAUAUCUGGUUGGGACGUUCAUGGGCGGCAGAUGGGCAGACUACACGGUGAAGAAAUGGAUUCGGAAGCGUGGUGGUGUCCGGGUCCCGGAAGAUAGGCUCAAGUCUUGUCUUUUAUUCUUAGGCGGUGUCAUCCCCGGUUGUAUCCUGAUAUACGGCUGGACGAUUGAGAAGGCUGUUGGUGGAAUCCCAGUCCCCGUACUGGCCAUGUUUUUCCAGGGUGUUGCUCAGCUCUUCUGCUUUCCCAGUCUCAACACCUACAGCUUAGAUGUGAUGCAAUCUAGUGGCCGGAGUGCCGAGGUUGUCGCUGGUAGUUAUAUGAUGCGGUACAUUUUCGGCGCUUUGGGCUCUGGGCUUGUUCUUCCGGCUGUCGAGGCCAUGGGCGUUGGGUGGUUCAGCACUAUCAGUGCGUUCUUUUUGAUUGCAUCUGGAGUUGGCGUCUGGCUUACGACCGUCUUUGGUGAUCAGUGGCGAGAUAAGGUUGAAAAGAAGGAGCUACGCAAGGUUGAAGAAAAGUCCAAAGAGUUACAGCAAGGCGAAAAGGCUGAGGCUUGA